GUAGAACCUUGGGGUUUCUAUGGAACUACCUGAAAGCAAAUUGGAUCACAGGCCACUUGGGACCAGUGAGCACUGUCUGCUAGUGGACAGAGGGGCCUGUUGGUGAGAAGAUCAAUCAAGGACAACCAUUUAUCCUGCUCCAUUGUAACAUGGAUUACUGCUAUUCCAUCCCACACUUGCCCUGACCAUGUCAGAAAAUUUCCAAAGCACACCAUUUCUGUGGACAGAAAGCACUCUGCAGCCCUCUCUACCUGAGCUGAACAACUCCACACCCUCUGGAACAGUGUGCAACUACUCCAGUCUCUCCAUCCCAGCUGUGAGUUCAGCAUGGCUCCUGCCAUCAGCAUCCAGCAUUUCUCUCCAGACACUCAUGCGCAGUGCCUACUUCAACCCAAAUGUUUGCACAACUAUGCUGACAGUGCUGACUGACCAGAGCCAGGUCUCCAACUCCACACUCUCCUGUCCAGUGGUGGAACUGGAUCCAUCCCAGGGAUUGUUACCUUCAAGCCAAACACUUUGUCUGCUCCAGAGUCCAGAAUUCUACAUCACUCACACCCAGGGUUCCCACAGGAAGACACCAUCUGUUGAUGGGGACAGGCCAUUAACAACACCUAAACAUAGUCCUUCAGAAUUCCUGGCCUUGCCUACACCUCCAAGCUUGGAACAAACAGAGAUUAAAAACUUGCAUGAGAUGGAAGUUGAACAUUUGAUGCCUCGGGAUGCCAAUGAGGGCACUAAAGAAAACCAAGACCCAUUACUCCUCCCUUUGGCACACCGUGACUUGCAGCAGUCUCUGCACUGCUCUGACACUGAAAGCCUAAGACAGGAGUCUGCUUUUGACAAUGCCAGCUUGGGAGGCAUCCAGCUGGGUCUGGAAGAGAAAGGAACUCUGGAUAGUUUGAUGGUGUCCACUAUUGACUUUGCAGAUAUCACUACACCGAUGGCAGAUAUUCACCUUCCCCAACUUUUCAACUUCCUCACAGGCCUAGAUCAAUUCCAAGAUACAACAGCAUCUCAAUACAAAGAUUCCUUAGUCAUCUGGAGGGACCAGUCCCAAGAAAACUCCAGAGUCAUCAACAAGCCCUUUGAGCACAUGAGAAAGAAAGACCACGAAGCCUCUGAGCUGAUUGAUGGAGCUCCUCAGGCCAAAAUCCCAAACUGGGAUCUGGUGGAGGGGCCUAUGUCCAGUGUUGGGGACAGUGACCGGGCUAUUGACAACACUGCAAAAGACUUGGAGGGCAAAGCUCCCACAGUGUCACCCAUCAGGGCGAGCAGAGCUAGGGGACAAGGACAAGACAAGACCAAAUAUACCAGAGAAAAUAAUUCCAAGAAAAGAGAGGAGCUUAAAGAGUCAAGGAACAGAGUCAAACCUGAAGAGAAGCCCAAGAUGAAGAAAAAGAGCGAUACACCUGAGCUCAGCCAUAGCAGCUUUAAAAAGCCUCGAAUGCACCUUGGCAUGCACAUGCUGGAGUCUGUGCAGGUCUUCCACCCUCUUGGGAAGACAAGUAAGAAGAAACCUGCCAUCACUUCUUCCCAGGCUCUGGGAACUUUUAGCAGCAACAAAUAUCCUGGGUUAAGCCCAGCCACAACAAUACUACAGGAUAUGCCACAUGAGAGUCAGGACCCUGACAAAACUCCAGGCAAGGCUCAGAAAGCAGAGAGCACUGCUGACAAGGAGUGUCCAUCUCAGUCCCAGUAUGAGCUGCCCCCAGUUGGGAAGGUCAUGUUAGUACCUCUGCCUUUCCCAACCUUGGACCAGCCUCAAUCCAGACCUGCUUCAAGAAAGCCCCUCGCUCUGGCUUCACACAGGCCCACAACAGCUUACUCUGAGAGGUGUCAUUUUCACUCACCUCAAUUUACCACACUCAGGUCAUCCCAACCACCUUCUGUCAGCAAUUUUUCUUCCAAUGCCACACAAUCUAAUGUAUCCAACAUCAUCCAAAUUAACACUGUAUCUCAAUCAGGCACCUUGACGUCUACACACUAUAGAGCAUCAUAUCAGACUUCCCUCCAGAGGCAGCCUCUUUCUGCUGCCAAGAACAAGGUGACAUCAACUCCCAAAUCUCAAACUCAAUAUCUGCUGCAAGACUUCAGCCAACAACAAAUUCCGUGGAGAAAAGUUGACCUUCUGGGACCAGUGGUCUCACAACCCAUCACAAAAGAGCAGAGGCCAGAGAGGGAGGCCAUGAAGAGGAGGGCUCAACAGGAGCGAGAGAUUGCUGCUAAGUACACCUCUCCUGGGAAACUGCAGCUUUUUCUUCAGAGGGAGAAAGAUAUGGAAAUUUCUCAAUACUAUGGCUAUGCAAUAUAAGAGCUGUCCAGAUUUUUGUAACAAAUUGUUUUUCACUGUGGGCAAGAUAAAUAUAGACACUGAUACAUAGGUAUACACGGAGAUUUAAGUAUUAUGUGAAUAUGUAGUGACAUAGGAACAUCUGAGUUAUGUAAAUGUUUGUUCAUAUAAAUGAACAGACAAAUUUUCUACCAUAUUUGUAAACUGAACAGUAAAAUUGUCUGGAGAAAUUUAAGUCAAUUCUUUAAUCCAGUAGCUAUAGUUGUAAUAAAGUUAUUCACCUCGA